GUCGCUGCCGCCGCGACGCCAGUAACCCUCUCAUCGCUCUACGAGGAGCGAGGAGCGGUUAUCUUUGCCGUUCGCCGACCCGGAUGACCGCUUUGCCGAGAGGAAGCUGCGGAUCUGUGCAGCGCUCUCUCUGGCAUCGACGUCCCGGUCGCCGGUGUCGUGAAGGAGGAGGAGAAGCCUCCCGACACGGACGCGGACAAGAUGCUCGGGGUGGCGGAGUUUGAGGAGCAGUACUUUUGCGGCCCGCUGUACCUGUCGGACGAGGACAGGACGCUGUACCAGCACCUCGGCAACCAGCCCAUCUUCACGCUCGGCACGCUGGCGCGGGCUCUACUGAAUCCGUUCAAGGCGCGGCGCGAGAUGAAGGAGAUGGGCGAGCGGAUGAAGGCGAGAAAGAUUGAGGGCAACAUGGUCGGUGACGGGCAGGUCAAGGGUGGCGUGCUAUGCAUCGCGCCCAGCGGCGAGAUCAAGCACACCUUCUACGAGGACCCGGGCAAGGGCAUCCCGCAGGAGGCGCAGGCUGCAAUCGUCGAGGCCGUGCGCUCCUUCCAACAGGCCUCGCCGAAGCAGCUCGCCGCAAACUAGAUCCGCCCGGUCGCACGGGCUGCGCCGCUGAGAGCUCGCGCACUCGCGCUCUCUCGGCGCGGAUCGUCCACCUCCUCUCUCAGGGAUGACGGCGGCCUGGCCCAAAUGCCAAUCGAGCAUGCCAACUGCCCGAGCUUUACUGAGGUGGAGAGGGGGGAGGUUGGGCGCGGGCGCGGGCGCUUGUUCCUUCUAGAGUGUCAUGUAUGCGAUGACCGAUGUGUGAAAAUGUCAUCGGUUUUGGU